AUGACAGGGUUCUCAUUUGAAAACGUCCAGCGUAACCUAAACCUUGAGCAGCAAGGCCUGCACCCACCAAGGACAUUGAAGACUGGCACUACCAUUGUAGGAGUUGUAUUUGAAGGUGGUGUUGUUUUAGGCGCCGACACGCGGGCUACUGAAGGUUCUAUUGUGGCGGACAAGCGAUGCAAAAAGAUUCACUACAUGGCACCCAACAUAAUGUGCUGUGGGGCCGGAACCGCCGCGGACACGGAGGCCGUAACUAAUAUGACAGCUGCCAACUUGACACUUCACCGUCUUGGGACCGGCAAGCAAUCACGUGUGAGUGAGGCGCUGACGCUUCUUAAGCGACACUUGUACCGAUACCAGGGACAUGUGAGCGCCGCACUUGUCCUCGGUGGUGUAGAUGUAGGUGGUGCUUUCCUGGCAACUGUGGCGCCCCACGGCAGCACUGAUCGCCUUCCUUUUGUUGCAAUGGGCAGUGGAAGCAUUGCGGCGAUGGCAGCCCUGGAGACGGGUUAUAAAGAGAACCUUACUCUGGAAGAGGCGAAACAGCUGGUCGUUUCAGCGAUUCACAAGGGCAUUUUCAAUGAUCCCUACAGCGGAACGCAGGUAGAUCUUUGUGUCAUCACGAAGGCAAAGACGGAAAUGCUUAUCGGGUACGACAAACCCAAUGAUCGUAAGUAUCCUAAACAUGACAUCAAGCUCCCCCCUGGUACAACUCCUAUUCUUCGUGAGGAAAUACGCCAGUUGGUGACAAUCACCGAAUUGGAGUGA